AUGAAAUGGAAAAGCAAUUCACGGAAAUUACAACAAUUCGGUCAACGAUUGACCGUAACACGACAGUAUGACGAGUUAGCUGCAUACUUUCAUUUGACAAUUAUUACGGUAGCAGCAAUUUUAAGUUUUAGUGGUAAUAUAAAUGGUAAUUUUGUAUUUGAUGAUCGAGAAGCUAUCAUCAAUAAUAAAGCUAUUCGACAAAUUGGAAAAAUUUUGGAAAGUGAUUUUUGGGGUUAUCCGAUACGAUCAACACGCAGUCAUAAGUCAUAUCGUCCGGUUACUACUAUUACUUUUGCGAUCAAUUAUGCAAUAUCAGGUCUUCAUACUACAACUUAUCAUAUUGUUAAUAUCACAUUACAUGCAAUUAUUUGUGUAUUACUUUAUAAAAUACUAAUUAACUUAUCAAAAAUAUUUUAUGAAAAAUAUCCCAAUCGGAUAGCUUUUCAUGUUUCAUUGUUAUUUGCAAUUCAUCCAAUACAUUCUGAAGCAGUAGCAAGUAUAGUAGGUCGAUCUGAAUUAUUAAUGACAUUAUUUACACUUACUGCAUUACAUUUAUACAUCAAAUGUUGGUGUAAAUCAGAAUUUUCAAUGAAAUCAAAAUUUACGAUUGUAUCACUCAGCGCAAUUGCAUUGUUUAGUAAGGAACAAGGAAUUGUUGUUAUGCCACUUUGUGCAACAUUUGACAUUUGCGCAUCAAAUAUUUCACCAAUUCGAUUCUUUAUUGCAUUUAGAAAACGAAUGAAUAGUGAUGGAAGUAAUAAUGAAAUUGAUAAGAGUACAGCACAUAUAAUUCAACAAUAUUGUGAUUGCAUACGUCGAGUAAUGAUAUGUUCAAUGAUAUGCAUUGCUUUAUUGCUGUUUCGAUUUUCAAUUAAUGGAUUUCAAUCUCCUCAAUUUAGUCCAAAUGAUAAUUUGAUCGCUAGUUGUCCAUCUGUGUUUUUACGAUUGAUUAAUUAUUGCUACAUUUAUAUGCUUUACAUUUGGUUACAACUUUAUCCAUUUCAUUUAUGUUUUGAUUAUUCGAUGGGCUGUGUGACACUGAUCGAAUCUAUCAAUGAUCAUCGUUUUUUGAUUUCAACAAUAUUUAUCAUUGGUGUUAUCAUAUUUAUCAUUCAAUUAAUUCGAGGAUAUUUUGAGAAGCAACUUCGAAUAUUUUCAAUCGUUUUUUAUAUUAUAACAUUUCUACCUGCUAGCAAUAUUUUUGUUACCGUUGGAUUUGUGCUUGCUGAAAGAGUGCUUUAUUUGCCAUCAGUUGCCUUCUGCUUAAUUACCGUUUGCGCAUAUGAAAAAACGGAAGAAGUUAUGAUAAGAAAUAAAAGCGCAAAUAUCCUAAAAAGUGUCACAACAAUAAUUUUUAUUAUGUUUUUUAUCAAAUCAUACAAGCGUAGUUUGGAAUGGAGAAAUGAAUUAGAUUUAUACAAAAGUGGCUUAAAAGUUUGUCCAAAUAAUGCAAAAAUUCAUUAUAAUAUAGCAAAAAUUAUGGCUGAUAACGGUGAUAUCAGUCGUGCAACUGUUAAUUAUGCAAAUGCAAUAAGGUUAAAUCCCACCUACGAAAAUGCAAUGAAUAAUUUAGCAAAUAUUUAUCUUAAAUAUGAUCGAAAUUUGGAAGCUGAACAACUCCUUCGUAAAGCCAUCAAAAUAAGGCCAAAUUUUGCAGCUGCAUGGAUGAAUCUUGGACUUGCGCAAUUGGCCCAGAAACGAUAUAAAGAUGCGGAAAAUAGUUUCGAACAAGCACUCAGUUUACGUUUUCCGUAUCCGGAUUGUUUAUACAACAUGGGCUUACUUUAUUUGCAACAAAAUCAAAAAACCUAUGCAAGGGAAAUUUGGCAAAAUAUUACCAGAGCAAAUCCUAGUCACAAACAAGCCUGGUUGAAUUUGUUGGUAUUACUUGAUGAGACAAAUAAUUGUGCGGAAGUAAUUAGCCUAGCUGAUAAGGUGCUUAAAUAUCAUAGCAAGGAUGCAUCAAUCCUUUCUCAGCUAGGCACUUGUUAUGGUAAACUUGGACAGUAUGACAGUGCCGAAAAGUUCCUGUUAUCAGCUGUAGAAUUAGAACCAACAACAAUAACUUAUUGGAAAAAUAUCGGUACACUUUAUCAUCGUUGGAAUAAAUUUGAGAAGGCAAAAUUUGCAUAUUUGAAAGCAUUUCAAUUUCAACAACAAUCUGAAAAUGUUCAACGACACAGGAAUAAGUUGACAACAAAAUGA